AUGCGUCUUCUCAAAGGCCUCUUGAUAGCAAUUUAUUGCUGUUCAACAUCAGUGCAGGCCUCUACCUGGCCUUCAUCUAUCGAUGGGCAGCCAACACCAGACAGAUGGUUACAAAUUAGCUUGAACGAGACUGCAACCGAAUCGAGCCUUCAGACAAGGGACUUCGGUCAUGCCCUUGUGGAGCGAACUCCUGUCCGAGUUUGUGAGCGGAUCCUCGCUGCAACUGCAUCCUGUGUCGUGAUCACGAACUUUGCGAUUGCUAUGGCAAAAUCUCUUGCCAGUACUAUCAAGGAAUUGUCCGAUCAAGGUUCCUGCGACACCAUGCGUGGAACCUACCAGUCCAUGUCCUGGGCUACCAUCGCAGGCGCAGUCAAGAAGUAUCUCGAUGAUACCAAUGGCAACAAGCUUUGCGGUACUGAAUGUCUGCGCAUGGACCAUGGAGGCACAUGGGAUGGAUGGUUGAAAAUCGGCCCCACGGCAAACUUCAAAUCGAACGCCUACUGUGGUCCUUCCCUAAGUUUCAGCAGUUGUCUAUCUGGCGGCAACAACGACAUCUGA